GCAGAGCCGUGCGGGGUGCGUGCCGCGCUCAUCCUGCGCCGGGCAUGGGUCUCUGGCUGCCGCUGCUGUCCCUGCUGUCGCUGCUGCUCGCCGCACGGCUCAAGCUAGGUAAUGGACAGGCUACUAACAUGGUCCAGCUGCCAGGUGGGAGAUUCCUGAUGGGAACAAAUUCUCCAGAUGGCAGAGAUGGUGAAGGGCCUGUCCGGGAGGUGACAGUAAAACCCUUUGCAAUUGAUAUAUUUCCUGUCACCAACAAAGAUUUCAGGGAGUUUGUCAGGGAGAAAAAGUACCGGACAGAGGCUGAGAUGUUUGGGUGGAGCUUUGUCUUUGAGGACUUUGUCUCCAAUGAACUAAGAAACAAAGCGACCCAGCAAAUGAAGCCUGUUCUCUGGUGGCUUCCAGUGGAGAAGGCAUUUUGGAGGCAGCCUGCAGGUCCUGGCUCUGGCAUCCGCGAGAGACUGGAGCUCCCGGUGGUACACGUGAGCUGGAAUGAUGCUCGUGCCUACUGUGCUUGGCGGGGGAAACGGCUGCCCACUGAGGAAGAGUGGGAGUUUGCUGCCCGAGGGGGCUUGAAGGGUCAGGUUUACCCAUGGGGGAACCGGUUCCAGCCAAACCGCACCAACCUGUGGCAGGGAAAGUUCCCGAAGGGUGACAAAGCUGAGGACGGCUUCCAUGGAGUCUCCCCGGUGAAUGCUUUCCCCCCGCAGAAUAACUAUGGCCUCUAUGACCUCCUGGGCAACGUGUGGGAGUGGACGGCAUCGCCACACCAGGCUGCUGACCAGGACAUGCGUGUCCUCCGGGGGGCAUCCUGGAUCGACACGGCUGAUGGCUCCGCCAAUCACCGGGCCCGGGUCACCACCAGGAUGGGCAACACUCCAGAUUCGGCCUCAGACAACCUCGGCUUCCGCUGUGCUUCCAGCACAGGCCGACGGCCCGAGGAGCUGUGAGCAGCUGUGCUCAGAAAACGACAAGCCCUCCUCGGCGUGUGCGUCCUUCCCUGGCCACACCCCAGACACCGCCACGCUCCAGGCUCUUCAGCUGCAGCCUCAGGAAAGAACUUCCCCU